AUGGAGAUACUCCAUCACGAUAGAGUUGACGAGAUUUUGGUUUCAAGUAAUGAUCUGUAUCCACCUGAGUCGAUGCAGCAACUUAUUAAUGGAUUAGAAAUAAGAGAUCUUUAUUUUUCUGAAGGAAAUUCUGAUGUCGACGCAAUGAUAUAUUUGAAUGCGAUAAAGCCUACACGUAGCUUUUUUUUGGAUGGAAGCCCGCUUUUCGUCUGGAAUCACACCAAGAUGAGCCAAUUUUUCAUUCAAAGUCUCGAUCAUAUUAUAAUAGAAGAAGCUUCGUUAUUGAAUCUUGAUGACUUGCUUCUUAUGAAUAUCUCUGAAAUUCAAAUCGUUACAACUCGGAUGACCGGGAAAGAUUUCAAUCGGUUUUUGAAGCAUUGGAUCGCUGGAUCGAAUCCGAGACUGAAGUAUCUUUCGGUUGGAGGUCAAUCGAAAACGGAUGAUGGAGAGGAGUUUGCAAUGGAGUUGUUGCAUGGAAUAAACUACCGAAAGAUGGCUGAUGGGGAGAAGAUGACAUGCGUGAUAUGCAUGGGUACAUCCGAAGAACGUACGGAAACAAUUUCAGGUGGUUCUUAUAUCAGAAGAAAGGAUGGGACCAAGGCUAUUGUUUACUCUGAAGAUACUUGGUUUCAAUUUAUUCUCCAAGAGUUUAUGAGUAUUUAA